AUGUCAACAAGCUCACUCAAUGUUCUCGGCAAGCCGCUCGCCUACUUUGGCGGCCCAAGCUUCAUGAAGACGGGCUUCUUCCGCGACGGCUAUUGUCGCACCUCGCCACAGGACUAUGGGCAGCAUGCUGUCGCUGCAAUCGUGACUGACGAGUUCCUCCAGUUCUCUGCAGAAGCUGGUAACGACCUGCGUACAAUUGGAUUGACGCAAGACUGCAAGUGGUGCUUAUGUGUCAGCCGAUGGAAGCAGGCUCUGGAUGCUUACAAAGCUGGAGAUUUGAGCAAAGCAGGGGUGCCUCGUGUCGUCUUGGAUGCUACUGAGGAUUCUACUCUCAAGAAGAUCCAGCUUGAGGACCUCAAGGCAUUCAGUACUGGCCUGAAGAAGGACGAACUCUAA